AUGGUGUACGUACCCAUGGCGCAAAAUAGGGGAAACAUGUUACGUGUACAAAGCUCAACGGAAAAGAAUUUUCACACCAAUGGGAACUUCGAUUACGCCCCGGAUGUAAGCACACAUAACGAUGCUUCUAUAAACAGUAAUUUUUCGAUUGGGGGAAACAGCCUUCCACGCAUUUUGAAAAUGUACACAAGAGAGCUGCAAAGUUCUAGCGAGGCACAGAGAAGUGAUGGUUCUCAUUUGAGGAGUGAAAAUUUAUUUCCACACAGAAAUGAGCAUGUCAGUGAGAAUACAUGCCUAACGAGCAUCCUUCACCUGAGCGAUGUAAUUACAUCACAGAGCGAAAGUUGUGUACGUCUGAAUGAUGAACAUUUAAAUUGUUACCAUUCCUCGGUAAAUAGCAAUGUUUCUCGAAUUGAAAGUGGAGUUCCUUCCUGUUUAGCUUCAUCGCUAUUAGCAAAAUUUUGUUGCACAGAAAUACCCAUCCAUGAGGAAGGGGAAGUAGUAAACUGCAAGACAGAACCAAAUUGUGCAAAAAUCGCCGAAGCGACUCUUUCUAAGAACGCUCAAAAUAAUGGUGACGAUAAUAAUACUCAAUUUGGUACCCUGAAAAACAGAACAAAUAAUGAAAUAAAAAAUAUUCAAGCAAAUGAUUCCCCAGCUCAGGAAGAUCAUCUGACUUCGGUGGGAGCUCCUUCAAUUUACUUCCCCAUUAAAGAGAAUUCGGAGGAUGUACAAGCUUUGUAUGAUAGUAAAAAGCACACAAGUGAUGAAUCGCUUCCCUCUAGAAAAAGGUAUGCUUUGUCUAAUCCUACAGAGGACGCGAAAACAACAAACACGUAUCAGAUAAGUCAUCCUACCGUAGUACCCAACCCAGAAUGUGAAGGAUAUGUGAAUGGCAAUCCUGAAAAGGAACGGGGCCAAGACAAAUUACAACUUGCGGAUGGUCAUAUGAAGGAACGCAUGAUGGUAUAUUAUCCGGAUGAGGAAAUGCAGGGGGGUAAAACAACUUUUAGCACAAAAUUGAGUGCAUUGAAUGAUGACAAUUUUGAGCUAACGGAAAUUUCAUGUAACACUGGAGGGGAUGGAAUAGAACGAAGAAAAAAACAUGGAAGUGAAAAAAAUUGCAUUUUUUCCGAAGAAAAAAAGAACUCUACAGCUUCAUCUUUAAGUAAGAAACCACGGAGCUACUCGCUAGAUGAUAUAAAAAACGGAAAAAUAGAAAUUCCAAACGUUAUAUUUACGAAGUUACCCUUCAAUUCGAGCGGAGACAAUGUCAUAGAUUCGUAUAGGCGAAAUCAUAAGCUGCUCAAUUUUAUGAAGGACUGCAACGAAUCAGUUGAUCUGAUUUUAAAAUACCCACAAAUUGAAAGGAGCCAAAAUAUACCAUUCAAAGUACCAUCGGAAAUUUCCCCUGCAAUUAGGAGCAAAAUUGGUUCGGCCAUUAUAUAUGAAGACAAAUUUGACAGGAGGAACUAUCACCCACAAGUUAAAAACUUACAUAUGGGAAAAAUAUACGAAAAUCAUGUUUUUAACAUAUUGAAAAAUAAAAAGGAUUUAAGGAAGAAACUAUUCAACCGAAGUAGUAGGUAUGAAAAAUAUAAAUAUAAUAAUACCAAUGGCUUCUGGAUAAGUAACAUUGACAAGAAACGUUUAGUGGACCCCGAAAGGAACGAUAGCUAUAUUACCGAGCUAAUAUAUGAAAAGAAUGGAUCCUAUGCUGAAGAAAUGGGAACGCUAAAGCGUUGCACAGGUUACGAUGGUAUUCCAUCUAUUGUGGAAUUCUAUAAAGAUAAUAAUUUUUAUUUAUUUUUACAAAAGGAGGGAAUAACCCGUGAUUAUUUGAACCCCGUCAUGGCAACUACAAUGCGUCGCUACGACAUAGAAAAGGUUUCGGCCUAUGAAUAUAUCCACACGCGUGAGUGUAUCACGCCCGUUCAUUGUUCGUAA